AUGUCUUCCCCAGAGGCCCGUGCUGGCGUCAAGCGACCUCGCUCCUCCCUAUUGCAAUUGUCUGCCGCUGUCAUCGCUGUCAUUUCGGGAACCUCCUUCUUCGCGGUCAGCCUCUGCGCCAGUCCUACUCUUUCAAUUGCGCGAACCAUUUCGUGGUUAAAAGCCGUAGCUACCCCGCCGCCCUGCACACUCCGCCUCGUUCCCUACCCCAAACACUACAUAUCCAGUAUCAAGUACUACACAGGCAGUCGCGACACGAUGGAAGACAUGGCAGACAGCACCCAGUCGCUGCCCCCUCCGGCUCUCCCUCAGCUGGUCGCUGAGCAGCACACCGCCAUCCCACCUACCGACAAGGAUUCUCAGCGCCUCAUCGUCGUUCUCUCCAACGCCAGUCUUGAGACCUACAAGGCUUCACAUGGCGGCACCGGCCGCAACGGCGUCCAACGUGAGGAGAAGUACUCGCUACUUAACAGCGACGAGCACAUUGGAGUCAUGCGCAAGAUGAACCGCGACAUUAGUGACGCGCGCCCGGAUAUCACACAUCAGUGCCUUCUGACCCUGCUCGACUCCCCCAUCAACAAGGCCGGCAAGCUUCAGAUCUACAUUCAUACCGCCAAGGGCGUCUUGAUUGAGGUCUCACCGUCUGUCCGUAUCCCACGAACAUUCAAGCGCUUUGCUGGUCUGAUGGUUCAACUGCUGCAUCGCCUGUCUAUCCGCUCGACCAACUCGCAGGAGAAGCUGCUUCGUGUCAUCCAGAACCCUAUCACCGACCACCUUCCGCCCAACUGCCGCAAGGUAACGCUCAGCUUCGAGGCCCCUCUGGUACAUGUUAGGGACUACAUCGACACGCUCGCCCCCAAGGAGAGUGUUUGCGUUUUCGUUGGUGCCAUGGCAAAGGGCGCCGAUACCUUUGCCGAUGGCCUCGUGGACGAGAAGAUUUCCAUCAGCAACUACAGCUUGUCCGCCAGCGUUGCUUGCAGCAAGUUUUGCCACGCUGCUGAGGAUUCCUGGGACAUUCAGUAG